GCGGCGAUUCGCUCAUAGCGCGACCAACGAAGGGAUAAUAUUUUUAAUUAGAAAUUUGUCAUCUCUCUGAGGCUCUGGUGCGCAUGCGCGCGCGUCGUAGUAUGUCAUCAUAAUAAUAUUUUUCGUAUCUCCAUUCUGUGUACAUAAGAAAAUGCUCUUUUUCAGACAUCAUUAAACUUUUAUCAAUUUAAAAGAUGAAUUCUUUUUAUAAUCAUCGUAGGUAUGGAUCUGAUUAGUGAGUUAUUAUCCAACAUCAUUAUCGAAACAACUCAAAUAAUGGAUCGAGGGAACCAGGUUAAACAUUAACAACAAUAAGAAAAACAUGGUCUAGAAAAGUUAAAAUGAAGAACCUUGUAAUCAAAAAUGAAACAAUUUAUAAUAUCCAUUUAGGGCAAAAUUCAAAAUGGCUUGUUGGAACAUCGUUUUAUAGACUUAGUUCGGCGCUAAACAAAAUAACAACAAUCAUUUUAAACAACACAAUGCCUGUUAAUUAUUUAAAAACAAGUUCUCCGUUUUAACAACGGAAAUAUAUGGCAAAAAUUCCUGAAGGAUUUUGCCUUAAUUACGCAAAAAUAGUUUUCAUCACACCGCUAUUGCUUUGGCGACUACAGGAAGUCUAUAAAGAAUCUUGUGUCAUACAGACACAAGACAAAGAGAAGCAGAAUUACAGUGUACUAUUCGAUGACUAUGUCCAUGAAAAAAAGUUAUUAGACACUAUGUGAGAAGAAAGUUAUGACAGUUCAAGGCAGACAAAUUGUAAGUCAUCGAUCCCUGGUAAGCAGAAUGGUGUUUAUUUUUGGUCGUCAACUAUCACAAAUUGUGACUUUUUCGAAACUAUCCAGAUGGGAUCAAAUGUACUACUCAUUUUCGCUGAUAUUGUAUCUACUUAUGACGCCGAUUUCGCAAAACAUUUCGGUAUAAUGCAGCUAAAACUGCAAUGGCGGAAGAAAAACUUACCAGCAUUUCAGGUGACUAGAGCUCAAGGUUCUUUCUCGCUAUAAAAUAUUACAGCUACCUUAUUUAUUGCUUUCCUUCGUCAUAGCAGGCACAGAAGCAGUGAGUGUUGACGAAUAAUCUAAUGUGGGCAUUCUCCUCACAAACGGAAGAACAAUUGACUCGGAUUAAUGCUUUCGUACGCCGAUGACUAGCCCUAAAUGUACCUUUCAAAACCUACGAGAAGAUCACCAAUUCUGCAUUUUAACAAAAUCAAAACCCAUUGAAUGCAACUUCUUACUAUAUAGCGAUGAGACAAAAGAAUUUGGCGUGGGGUUUGUUCAGAAACAACCGCGAUGAGCGCAUAGCUGAUUUAUUUUUUAACGAUUUCACCGAUAAUCGUUGAUGGAAAGAAUACGCAUUUUUUUUAUAAAUAGACGUUGGAUCACUCAGCUGCGUUGUUUUUACACGCAUGUUCUCGACGCGAUACUGUUGAAGUAUGACCAAAUUUAACGACAAAUAGUUGGUCAUGAUUUUAUCCAGACUUUUCGAAGAUGAUACAGGUUCUCCGAACUUUGAACGGUUGCUACCGAAAGGUGAUGAAAUCCAACAUUGAAGAAACUCCAAGUCUUUUGUAAAAUCUUGGCCAACCCCGAGCACACAAUUUAUUGGUUCAUACUUAGAUGAUAAGCAUGAGUAUUCCGAAGAUUAAAAAUUCAGUAGAGUUUUACGAGUGCUCAGCCAUAAAUUAUUUUUAGCCAAUUAUUAAAGAGUCUGAGGAACUUGAAUUCAAGGGGAAUGAUGAUAAGCCUUGGUGAAGAUGCAGAUUUCAUAUUCGAGCAUGAAUGUAGAAAAGAAGACUGAGGAAUCGAAACAGGAUACAAGAAACUCGAAGACUAAUGAAGACGUUAUCAAUUGUACAAAUGAUUGGAACGAAAAGUCGAUACCCAGAAACAGUUUUGUAAUUACAGUAUAAAUACUGAUAGAAAUUUUUCAAACAUUACUACAUAUCACGAUUGUUAAGCUCAAAACUUGAUGUUGCUAUAAGAAAACGAAAGAAACAAUGACAAUGGAAAUGGGACUGGAGCCAUUAAAAAAAAAAUCUGAGGAGAUUUAUAUUGUUAAUUAUGAUAAAGUAAUGCAAUUUUUUAAUAACUAUACGAUAGAAGUCUAUAAGAUGGGCAAAAGUUUAUUCAAAAAUGGCCAAAAUUUUUAAGGCGGGGAAGGAGUAUCCAGCAGAUCAGCUGGAUUUUUUCAGAGACUUAGACAAGUACGAAUUAGCGACAAACCAUGUACUCGUUUCAUACGAGACCAGAACCGAGAAUGCUGUCCAAAACCGGCGAGUCCACAAGACUGGAAACCCGAGCUGGAAUUUAUCCGAGGCCGUUUACCACUGCGUUAGAGGUAUUAAGAAAAGCUUUCCUAAGGAAAAUCAUGAUAAUAAUAGGCAAUACUGUCCACUGAAGCUCAAGAUACGAAUGAAUGGCCAGCAAGAUGCAUUAGACGUCAAAGAGUGGAAUCAUCAUCACAACCAUGAUCCUCCAAAGAUAAAAAAAAACAAAAAAUCGUGGGAGAAGAAGUGCAAGGACCGGAUAAAUGGCAAUCAGAAAAAGGGGAAGGGGAAAGGACAAAAGAAAGAAAGGACACUGGAAGAGGAAAUUAUAGAGAACUAUUUAGAUACAUUGAGAAAAAAUUUAAAUUCAUCAGUGGACACACUGAAAGAAAAAUUAAAGCUAUUAAAGGAAUGUGGAAAGAAAAUAGCGGAAUUGGAUGGAAAAGAUUUAGAUUUUAUAAAUAUUGAUUCUGAAGACGACGACGGGAAAAAGUCGGAACAGUCAGAAGAUGAAAAAGAAGAGGAAGAAAUGUCAGAUAGUAAUGAACAAACGACAGAAAUUGAUAAAGAAAGUGAUCAGAACAAUAAAAGGAAAGGAGAAAAGAGAAAACUGAAUCAAAAUAAAGAAAGAGUUACAGAAAAUAAGAAAAACAAAGGGGAAGGAAAUGAGAAAACAGUAGAGGAAAAGAAAAGAGAAGAAAAAGAUGAAGGACAAACAGAAUCAGGUGAAAAGGAAAUUGGCAAAGCAAAAAUUGAGGAAAAGAAAGAAGACGAAAAAGAUGAAGGACAAACAGAAUCAGGUGAAACGGAAAUUCAUAAAGAAAGUGGAGGUAGUAACCUGAGCGACAUGGAGAAUAUGGUAACGUUGAAAAAUAUGUUGGAAAAUCUAGUAGGACAAGAAAUAACAGCAAGGUGUGAGACGGGAUAUAUAGUUUCGAAAGAAGAUUUGAGAGAAAUAAAUGAAGGGUUGUUGGAAUUUUUGAGAGAAAAUGCGACCAUAGUGGAAGGAUUAGAAAAGAUGGUAGAACCUGAAGUUCUCCAUUUAAAUUUUUUAAUACAUAAUGGUGCAAUCUGA